AUGCUGGAGGGUCCGCUCUUCUGCGAGGGGCGCGACAGCCCCCGGGAGCUCCGGCGUGCAAAGUCUGGCAGCUGCCUCUGGCUGCAGAGGUCCAAGCUGUUGGUGAUGGAAGUGAAGACCAUUUCCUGUCAUUAUAGUCGCCAAGUCCCCUCUCGACAGCCCAUGGACCUCCAGGCCAGCCACUGGGCCCGCGGGCCCCGCAGUCGCACGUGUAGGCCGCGCCCGGGAUCCCCCGAGCCUCCGCCCCGCCGGCCCUGGGCUUCCAGGGUGCUGCAGGAAGCCACCAACUGGCGGGCGGGGCCCCCGGCCGAGGUCCGAGCGCGGGAGCAAGAGAAAAGGAAAGCGGCGUCGCAAGAGCGGGAGGCCAAGGAGACGGAGCGAAAGAGGCGCAAGGCUGGCGGGGCCCGACGGAGCCCCCCGGGCCAACCCCGCCCCGAGCCCCGGAACGCCCCUCGGGCCGUCCAGUCUGCAGGCCUCCCGGGUCCCUCAAGGCGGGAGCGCCUGGGGUCGGCGGGCAGAGCGGCCCGCCCGUCUGCUCCACCGCACAGCGAACCAGGGGCGGCGUGGGCGGGGCCCUGGGGGGGUCGGCGGCCAGGACCCCCUAGCUAUGAGGCUCACCUGCUAUUGAGAGGCGCCGCCGCGACGGCCCCACGACGCCGCUGGGACCGGCCGCCGCCCUACGUGGCUCCACCUUCCUAUGAGGGUCCCCAUAGGACCUUAGGGACGAAGCGAAGCCCGGAGCGCUCCCAGGCGCCGGCCGCGUCCGCCCCAGCUCCGACCCCGGCCAGGACAGAGGGAGGGAGCGCCAGGAAGAGGCUGGAUCCUCGGAUCUACCGGGACGUCCUCGGGGCCUGGGGUCUCCGGCAGGGCCGGGGUCUGCUCGGGGGAUCUCCAGGCUGCGGAGCUGUCCGAGCAAGCCCGGCGUCUGGCAAAGGCGCCGCAGAGAGAGGGGCCGUCCUGCCUGCCGCCGGCCUGCUCGGCCGGAGCGACCGCCGCUUCCAAGCCACCGCUGUGGCUGGGAGCCCGGGCAGCGGGACAGCUCCUGCGAGGCCUGCAGCAGCGACCCCCAGCCCCCCGCGCCCCGCUCCCAGGUCCAGGCACCAGCUCGAGGGCUCGAGGGAAGGGAAAGAAGGAAGAAGAGAACAGGUGUGGCUCCCCCGGUGUUGGAUGCUCUCCCCUAAAAAGCAGCCGUCCCGGCAGAGCCAGACCCUCCCCCGACCCUGGGCUCCCGGAGGCACCGGCUGGAGGGAGUCCCCGGGUCACGGGGACGGGCCAGGCCCCGCGGCCCGCCGAGCCCACACUCUGCCCCGCUGUUCCCGGCGCCCCGCUGGUGGAGAAGGCGUGUUUGUCAUCGAUGCCACGUGCGUGGUGAUAAGGUCCCAGUACGUUCCGACCCCUCGAGCGCAGCAGGUGCAGCUUCUGCCCUCUGAGGUGGUGCGUGUUGUAGGGGAUGCUCCCAGCCCCCCCGAGCCCGGUCCGCAGCAGGGCGAGGGGGCUGCGGGCUCGCCCUUCCGUGGCCCGAGGCCUCAGCUGGUGAGCCUUUCACACCGGUCGGGCGAGGGGAGUGAGGGUGAGGGUGAGGCCGAGGGCGGGAAACCGGGCGACUCUUCCUCCCUGGAGGAGCGCGCCUCCCGAAUCUUAGGGCUCCCUGUCGGUGAAGUGAACCUGCGGGGUGCCCCCGCGCAGCCAGGCCGCCCAGAGCAUCCCGCCUUAGGCCCCGCGGCUCCGGCAGGGGCGGGCUGCGCGCGGGGCUCGGGCGGGGCGGCGGGGCCGCGGCGAGCGGGCGGGGGCUGGGCGCGGGCCCCCGGGCCCUACGCGGGGGCCCUGCGGGAAGCCGUGUCCCGCAUCCGCCGCCACACCGCCCCGGACUCGGACUCGGAUGAAGCUGAGGAGCUCAGCGCCCACAGCGGCUCCUUUGAUGGAAGCGACUCGGAAGCCCCGCGCGCCUCCUGGCGGAACGAGAUGACCCAGCCUGCGACUGGGAACCCUGGACCCCAGGAAGGUGGGAAGAGAACCGAGAUGAGCGACAGCUUCCGGGAGCUUCUGGGUGCCGUCAGCCUAACCGAGGAGGCCCUCUUCGGGGCGAGGGACCCCGCCGAGACCCCACAGGCAGAUAGGGAGUAG